UUUUGUAGUAUUAUCAUUUACAGUAAUUUCCCUUUCAAUUCUCAUACGCAAACGGCCUUAACGAAUAUCUUCUUUCCCACUUGUUGAUCGGUCGGAACUAAUGGCCCUCCAGCGUGAUUCUCCCCAGCUUGAACCAUGGAAUGACUUGAACGGCAAAGUGGUGAUGGUCACCGGAGCCUCGUCGGGGCUCGGCCGCGAGUUCUGUCUUGAUCUUGCUAGGGCUGGAUGCAAAAUCGUCGCCGUCGCACGCCGUACAGAUAGGCUUCAAUCUCUCUGCCAAGAAAUCAACAGUUCCUCUUCUUCCGGUUCUACAUUUCCGACGGCCACCCCUCGAGCUGUGGCUGUGGAGCUUGAUCUCAAAGCCGAUAGUACGAUAAUCAAGGAUGCCGUCAGAAAAGCCUGGGAUUCUUUCGGCUUCAUCGAUGCUUUAGUGAACAAUGGUGGUUUGAGAGGGACUGUGAAGUCUUCAUUGGAUCUGUCUGAAGAAGAAUGGGAUGAUGUGAUGGGAACAAACCUGAAAGGGUCUUGGUUGGUAUCAAAGUAUGUGUGCAUUCACAUGCGUGACACCAAUCGAAGUGGAUCCCUUAUCAACAUUUCUUCAAUUGGUGGUCUUAAUAGAGGUCAUAUUCCUGGAGGCUCUGUCUAUGGUGCUUCAAAGGCUGGCUUAAACACUUUGACAAAGAGUGGAAAAGCAUAUGCACGUUUUUAUGUAGCUACGAAGGGCGAGUUUAUAUUGUAUGCUAGAAACAAGUGUUUGGUUAAAGAGAUCAUGGCCCUUGAAUUAGGAGCAUACAAUAUCAGAGUAAAUUCCAUAUGUCCUGGAAUUUUUAAAUCUGAGAUUACAAAGGUUUUGAUGCAAAAGGAUUGGCUUAAAAAUGUAGCAUUGAAGACCGUUCCUCUACAGACUUACGGAACGUCCGAUCCAGCAUUAACAACACUUAUUCGAUAUUUGGUGCAUGACUCUUCUAGAUAUGUUACGGGCAACAUUUUCAUAGUCGAUGCAGGAGCCACAUUACCUGGAGUCCCAAUUUUCUCAUCCUUGUGAGUUAUCUUGGUAUUAACAACAUUUUCAUAACUGUUUUCGAAUUGGUGUCUGUCUAGAUAUGCAUUGAGCUUCACAUCGUUUGUAUUAAUAAUUACUUUGUGGUUGAAUUCCUUUCACUAUGUGGUGAAUUAAAAAUCAUGUGAAUAAAAUAAACAAAGCAAAUUGUAAGAACAAUUAUAUGAGUAAUUAAAUGUUGUAUGACAGUACACUAACCAAUGUUUAGAGUAGAA